AUGGCUGAGGAUUGCAAUAGUAAUGAUGGUGAUGAAACAGCUACUAAAGCCAAUAAAUGGGCAUGGCUAACGAUAGGGUUGAGUAGUUUUCAUUUUAUAUCUAUUAUCGCGGAUAAUAUAUCUGAUAUAACGAUUCUGAUCUCAUCGACUCAAGUUAUGCGAUUUCUACAAAAUCUUACCUACGAUGGAGAAACAGUAUUGCGAUUUGAUCAUUGCCCGAAUGAUAGGAAUGCUUGCUGUGGUACUUAUGACUUGGUCGAGAGUGCUUCUUCUUUCGCUCUUGCUUACGGCGUCUUUAUUACCUUCUUCAUUAUUUCAAUCUAUAUGGAUUUUAUGUUAUUACAAAUGAUUUUUCUUCAAUUAUUACGUCCACAUUUUCUCCAAUUUAAAUCGUUUAAUCGAGCAGUUUUAAUAUCAAAAAUACAACCUAUUUUAUUGGAAGGCUUACAGACAAUCUAUGCCUUCCUAUAUAUCAUGUCGGUAGGAUUUAUUAAUAAGGGUAGACUUAAUGAAAGCUAUUUCGAUUGCCAAGGGAAGUUUUUCGCAACAAUUCCAAAGUUUUGA